AUGUUUGCCGGGCGUCAUGACGACCGCGGAGCCUGGCUCAAGAAGCGGCCGCGCGGUUGGCUGGCCGCUCGAGGUGGAGGAGGAGGGCGGAGGCGGAGGGGAGGGCAGAGGGUUGGUGGAGCUGGAGGAAGCUCGGGCGACGACUCGGAGGAGGCGGGCGGCCCAGGCCCCAGGCCCCUCCCAGGCUGCGAGUCUCCCGGCUGCAGGCGGAUGGAUGGGGCGUCUCCCGGCGGCGGCGGCAGCAGCGGAGGCGGCGGCAGCGGCGGCGCCUAUGGUGUGGUGGCUCGAUUCUCCCAGUGCCUGGCUGAGUUUCGGACGUGGUUAAGAACCAACUGGUUGAGGUUCAAUGCAGACAAGACGGAUGUGAUGCUGAAAAUGUGCAUCAGAUGUUUAUGUUUAAUUGGUUUACAGACUGUCUCUGGAUUCUUUUCCUGUCAAAUUACAAGCCAUCUGUUGAGUCUUCAAGUCCAGAAAUGGAUGAAAUGUUUGACUGCCCAUGAAAGUACAGGAGGCUCAGCAACAUCAGAGGACCAUGAGUUUGAUCCAUCAGCUGACAUGCUGGUUCAUGAUUUUGAUGAUGAGCGAACAUUAGAAGAAGAAGAAAUGAUGGAAGGAGAGACAAACUUCAGUUCUGAAAUAGAGGAUCUUGCGAGGGAAGGUGACAUGCCAAUCCACGAGCUUCUCAGCCUCUAUGGAUAUGACGGCACUGUUCGGUUACCUGAAGAAGAUGAAGAGGAGGAAGAGGAGGAGGAAGAGGGUGAAGAUGAUGAAGAUGCUGAUAAUGAUGACAAUAGUGGCUGUAGUGGGGAAAAUAAAGAAGAGAAUACAAAGGAUUCAUCAGGUCAGGAGGAUGAAACUCAGUCUUCCAAUGAUGAUCCUUCACAGUCUGUUACUUCCCAAGAUGCUCAGGAAAUAAUCCGCCCACGUCGAUGUAAAUAUUUUGAUACAAAUAGUGAAAUAGAAGAAGAAUCUGAAGAAGAUGAAGAUUAUAUUCCGUCAGAAGACUGGAAAAAGGAAAUCAUGGUGGGCUCCAUGUUUCAAGCUGAGAUUCCAGUUGGCAUUUGUAGAUACAAGGAAAAUGAAAAAGUAUAUGAAAAUGAUGAUCAGCUUCUGUGGGACCCAGAAUAUUUACCAGAAGAUAAAGUAAUUAUAUUUCUUAAGGAUGCAUCUAGAAGAACAGGUGAUGAGAAAGGUGUAGAAGCAAUUCCUGAAGGAUCUCACAUAAAAGACAAUGAACAGGCUUUAUAUGAAUUGGUUAAAUGCAAUUUUGAUACAGAAGAAGCCUUGAGAAGAUUGAGAUUUAAUGUCAAAGCAGCACGCGAGGAAUUAUCUGUGUGGACAGAGGAAGAAUGUAGAAAUUUUGAACAAGGGCUGAAGGCCUAUGGAAAAGAUUUUCAUCUGAUUCAGGCUAAUAAAGUCCGAACAAGAUCAGUUGGUGAAUGUGUAGCAUUCUAUUACAUGUGGAAAAAGUCUGAGCGCUAUGAUUUCUUUGCUCAGCAAACAAGGUUUGGAAAAAAGAAAUAUAAUCUUCAUCCCGGUGUAACGGAUUACAUGGACCGUCUUUUGGACGAAAGUGAAAGUGCUGCUUCUAGCCGAGCACCAUCCCCUCCCCCUGCUGCCUCACAUAGCAGUAACAGCCAGUCGGAGAAAGAAGACAGCGCUGUCAGCAGUAGUGAUCAAAACGGUAUGUCAUCUAAUGGGCCAGGUGAAAUACUAAACAAAGAAGAAGUGAAAGUGGAAGGCUUGCAUGUUAAUGGACCAACAGGUGGAAAUAAAAAACCACUUCAUACAGAUAUGGACACUAAUGGUUAUGAAGCAGAUAGCCUGAGCACUGACCCAAAACUUGCCCAUAUGACUGCAAGAAAUGAAAAUGAUUUUGAUGAAAAAAAUGAGAGACCUGCCAAAAGGCGACGGAUAAACAGCAAUGGGAAGGAAAGUCCGGGUUCGUCUGAAUUUUUCCAAGAAGCAGUCUCACAUGGAAAAUUUGAGGAACAUGAAAACACAAAUGACUAAGUCUUAGGCCUAUUUUACUUUCUUUGCAGUAAAUUUUGGUAUGACUACAAUUUUCAGGGUUGGUGGGUAACCUUUAGAAAGCUGAUUUCCUUGAAGCAGUUGCUUAAAUCUUGAAAUUUGAAUUGAGUCCUAACUUUAAGAAAUGGGAUUCAUAAUUCCACCAUUUGUAAGUUCUUUUACUUCAAAUUGUUGAAGACCUCUUUAAAGUUAUAAAAACAUUGAUUAAUCUGAAUGUGACCCAAAGACUUUUCAGUACUUUCUCAUUUGGGAUACUAAUCAUAAAUUUGACUGAAAGUAAUUUUUCCUUUUUAUGAGAAAGUAUAGGGGAAAGAAAAAAAGUUUGUGUUUCUGCUCAACACCAAUUUUUUUAUUAUCUGGAAAUGUCUUUACAGUAGACAUUUUUUCUUUCUAUACAAAUUGAACAUUGUCACUGAGGAAGCCCUCGUGAAUCCUGAAGGUUAUGCUAGCAUGAUUUUUAUAUGUAGAAGUUUUAAAAUAAACCAAGUCAGGUUUGUAUUUGUAAAAUUGUUGACAUCAAUGAUGUCUUUCCAUAUUCUUAUCUGGGCUUAAGAAAUACAUUCUGUAUUUUUCCAGAUUCUCUGUAGCCUUUGAAAGAUUUUUACAGUACAUAUGUCUUGACUGAGCUGUUCUUUCUUAAUACAAAAAGCUUGUAUAAUUUUCUUAACUUGUACAGUUGUUAAACUUUUAUGAGAGGAACUGA